AUGACAGAAUGGUACGUAACUAUUAAGGACAUUCCAAAUUCUGAUAGAACUCCCGUUCUAAAAGAGCAUAUGGACAGAUUACCUAUUUUGAUUAAUGCCGGAGUUUUGUCCUGUGGUGGUGCUUUAUUAGAUGAUAAUGGCAAUAUGAUUGGUUCUCAUUUUGAACUCAAGGUCGAAACUAAAGAAGAAGCCAUGAAACUUAUUAAUGAAGACCCAUUUGUUAAAGGUGGCGUUUGGGACAUGAAUUCAAUUCAAAUUCGGAAAUUUUAUUGUGUUCAUCGUGAAGAAUACAAAACAUUAUAA